AGCUAUGAAAAAGUGGGUAGAGUCCAUUGCUAAAAUCAUCAAGAGGAAGAAGCAAGCUCAAGCAAAUGGGAUAAGCCAUAAUAUUACCUUUGAAAGCCCACCUCCACCAAUUGAAUGGCAUAUAAGUAGACCAGGACAGUUUGAAACAUUUGACCUUAUGACACUUCAUCCGAUAGAGAUUGCACGGCAGUUAACACUUUUGGAGUCUGAUCUCUACAGGAAAGUCCAGCCUUCUGAACUGGUAGGAAGUGUCUGGACCAAAGAAGAUAAAGAAAUAAACUCUCCAAAUUUAUUAAAAAUGAUUCGCCAUACAACAAACCUCACUCUCUGGUUUGAAAAAUGCAUUGUGGAAGCAGAAAAUUUUGAAGAACGGGUGGCAGUGCUCAGUAGAAUAGUAGAAAUUCUGCAAGUGUUUCAGGAUUUGAAUAAUUUCAAUGGUGUGUUGGAGAUAGUCAGUGCGGUCAAUUCAGUAUCGGUAUACAGACUGGACCACACAUUUGAGGCAUUGCAGGAGAGGAAGCGGAGAAUUCUGGACGAUGCUGUGGAGUUAAGUCAGGAUCACUUUAAAAAAUAUCUACUAAAACUUAAAUCCAUCAAUCCACCUUGUGUGCCUUUUUUUGGAAUCUACUUAACAAAUAUUCUGAAGACUGAAGAAGGGAACAAUGAUUUUCUAAAGAAGAAAGGGAAAGAUUUGAUCAAUUUCAGUAAGAGGAGGAAAGUGGCUGAAAUUACUGGCGAGAUUCAGCAGUAUCAGAACCAGCCUUACUGCUUACGGACAGAACCCGAAAUGAGGAGAUUCUUUGAAAACCUCAACCCCAUGGGGAUUUUAUCUGAAAAGGAGUUUACAGAUUAUUUGUUCAACAAGUCACUAGAAAUUGAACCCCGAAACUGCAAACAACCACCUCGAUUCCCUAGGAAAUCAACCUUUUCUUUAAAAUCUCCUGGAAUAAGGCCCAAUGCUGGCCGCCAUGGCUCUACCUCAGGCACUUUAAGAGGGCACCCGACGCCUCUGGAAAGAGAACCAUAUAAGAUAAGCUUUAGCAGGAUCGCUGAGACGGAGCUUGAAUCAACAGUGUCAGCACCAACGUCUCCCAACACACCGUCCACCCCACCCGUGUCUGCUUCUUCAGACCACAGUGUGUUUCUAGAUGUGGACCUCAGUAGUUCCUGUG